AUGAACCAGUCCACCCUGCGGCUCACGCGUGAGCUAGCAGAUAUUCAGAAAUCAAAUGACUUAUCAAUCGCUGUCGCUUGCCGAGAUUCGGAUAUCAGAAAUAUCAGAGCCCUGAUUCUUGGCCCACCUGAGACUCCCUAUGAAUUUGGCUUCUUCGAGUUUACUAUGAAAUUUCCUAAAGAAUACCCUGGAAAAGCACCCGCUGUCAAUGCUAUAACCACAAACGGAGGACGCUGUAGAUUCAACCCAAACAUAUACGCUGGCGGCAAGGUCUGCUUGUCGAUUCUAGGGACAUGGAGAGGCGAACGAGGAGAAGAAUGGUCGUCAGCACAAGGUUUGGAGUCCAUCUUGAUUUCUAUCCAGAGCUUGAUGUCUUCAAACCCAUAUGAGAACGAACCGGGCUAUGAAAACGCCAACAGUCAACACGACAAGGACAAUCAAAAGGCCUACGUGCUAAAGAUUCGUCACGAGACACUUCGAAUCGCCAUCAUCCAACGACUAGAAGAAUACCUUGGCUUAAAAGCCGACGGAACUUCCAUCGUUCGCGAACCUCGAGACGAGGCCGGAGGCGACAGCUCGUCGGCUUAUGUUGACGAAGGCGGCGUAUACUUCUUCGAACCUUUUAAGGACCUCUGUAAGCGCCGUUUCCUCUGGUAUUACGACACGUACCUUGCUUCCAUCCAAGCCGAAAAGGAAAAAGUCACAGAGGGCCAAGCUUUCGUCCAAAUGCCAUUCGAGAUGAGUGGUGGUAGCGGUGGUAACUCAAUGGAAGGGAAAUUCAAUUAUCCGGAACUAGAGAGAAGAAUUCAGAAUAUCCGACAAAAGCUUGAUGUCGAGGCGGAAGGCUGGGGAGUCGAAGGGAUGAAGGCGUUCAAAGACGAAAGGGGAGUUGCGGCCAAUCUACAAAGACAGUUCGAACAGGCAAAGGUGUUCUUCGAUAAGAGCGAGGCAGCUACUCUGGAUAUGGAACUGGAAGACAAUAAUCCAUUUAUAUGGCGCGUGACCUACUUUGGACGUCCGAUGACCAAUCUCGAUGGUGGUCUCUUCAUCUUUACCGUUCGCUUUUCUGUCCGCUUCCCGGAUGAGCAACCCCGUGUUCAAUUUAGUACACCAAUGUUCCACCAUAAGAUCAAUAAGGAUGGGAUCCCGGCAUAUUUCCCGGGCGGCCUCCACCCCCGACCGGAUGAUGCUAAGAGUCAUAUCGAAGGUGUUAUCAGUCUUCUGGAGGAGGAAGACCCGGCAUACGACCCUCGAACACAGAUCAAUAUCGAUGCUUCAAAACUAUACUGGGGCACCAAAGAAGAGAAGCGAGAGUAUAGUAAACAAUUCAGGAGGUCGGUUCAGCGGUCUAUAGAAUACGCAUAG